AUGAAUACAAUAUUUGUAUCAGAAUCUGAUGCAUGCCCUUUUCUUGCAGAAUUGAGUAAGGAGGAGCAACCUAAUCCAUCUGUAAAUGUUUCCCAUCUGCCAUCAUUCCCCAAGAAUGAUUCUCCUACUUCUGAAUUGAGUUUGAUUGCCGCUCCUCCAUUUAGAAAUGAAACAAAUGAUAGUGACCAGGUUUCUGCAACUCUUUUACAACCACCAUCCCUUUCAACACUCGCGGGCGAACAGGUUAAGAUUCACAAUGGAAUCGACUCAUCUGGUGAGGCUCGAGUGCGCAAUGGAAAAUCUCGAGGAGAUGGCCGUGGUCGAAAUCAGUUGCUUCCUCGGUAUUGGCCUCGAAUAACUGAUAAGGAGUUGCAACAAAUUUCCAGCGAUUCAAACUCAAUAAUUACUCCUUUGUUUGAGAAAAUGCUUAGUGCCAGUGAUGCUGGACGUGUUGGGCGCUUAGUGCUGCCAAAGAAGUGUGCAGAGGCCUACUUUCCACCAAUUUCUCAGCCAGAAGGAUUACCUCUGAAAGUACAUGAUUUGAAGGGGAAAGAAUGGUUAUUUCAGUUUCGGUUUUGGCCGAACAAUAAUAGCAGAAUGUAUGUCUUAGAAGGAAUCACUCCUUGUAUACAGUCAAUGCAACUGCAAGCAGGUGAUGUAGUGACAUUCAGUAGGCUGGAGCCAGAAGGGAAGUUGGUCAUGGGAGGCAGAAAAGCUUCAACUGUUCCAUCCGAUCAGGGAAAUGAAGCUACUGCAACUGGAGAUAGAACUCCUGGGGAUGAUAGUGAUAAAAACAAAUUUGGGGAAGUUGCAAUAAAUGGUCAUAUAAAGGGGUGCACAAAGAAGGAAAUACUUGAAAAUAAGUCUGUUGUUCGUAGUAAGAGGAAGAAUAGCGUCUUCAGUUUGAGAAGUAAACACCUUAGGAUUGACAGUGAGGAGAUGAUGGAACUGAAGCUCACAUGUAACCAAGCUCAAGGACUUAUGCGCUCACUUCCUGAAAAUAUUCCCUCAGUUUUUGUAGUAGAAGGCUGUGAAAUUGAAGAAUUUGAGGAUGCACCAAUUAUCGGAAGGCCAACUAUUCCUGAGAUAGAUCGUUUUGGUGAAAAAAUCCAAUGGGUAGAAUGUGAGGAUUGUUUCAAGUGGCGCAAAGUGCCUGCAAAUGCUCUUCUUCCAUCAAGAUGGACCUGUUCUGGCAAUGUAUGGGGCCUUGAAAGAUCUCUAUGUUCAACUGCUCAGCAAUUAACUACAGAACAGCUUGAAGAUAUAUUAUCCACUACUACUGAAGUGAGCAAGGAAAAGAAAAUUACUGAACAGAAUUCAGAUCUAGUUGUGGCACAGGAAGGACUCGAUGCACUUGCUAAUUUAGCUAUCCAAGGGGAUGGAGUGGACCUUCCAGCUUCAUCGCAGACUAGAACGAAGCACGCUGGCUGUAAACUCGACUGUACAUGCACUGUCUGCAUUCAACCUUCUGAUGGAAACGACCCAAAGCACAAGCAAACAUGCGAUUUUGCUGACUCAGAAUCAUUAAAGCAUCAUUUCCGAACCUUGAUGGAGAGAUGUGAGAAGAAACAAUUGGCAAAGGAAGCUGAAAGUGCCUGUCAGAAGCUGCAUGUGGAUACCGAUACUUAUCUGAGCAGUGACACAGGAAAAAAUUGUCUAAACCAGGAAGAGGCAAGCCAAGGGGGCUGUCUUGAUGACCCUAAUGAGAGAAAAUCCUCAGUCUCUCCUUUGAAAGGUCAAAUAGACCUUAAUAUCCAGCCAGAGCGUGAGGAUUUGUCCCCUUGUUCAGAUUCUGGGGCUAUGAAACGCUUGCUCGAGGAUGCUACACAGAACAAUUUCAUGCCACAUAGAUCUUCGAGUUCUGGCAUUAGCAGAGAUUUACUCGGUAAGCAGAUGCAGCCAGACGGGAUUGGUGGAGCCAGUUUGAGUAAUUGCAUUAUUGUAGUAGAUGGAUGCUAUCAGAAAACUAACGCUGACCAUUGA